UCAAAGCUUAGAUCAGUAAAGGAAGUAGGUGAGUAGUGUAUGUACUGAAGAACUUUCAACAAGGGAGAACCGAAGCCAUUUUAGUAGAGCCCGGAUCUAUUUUCAAUGUUGAAGAAGCCAUUACAUGAACCUCUCCCUGUUUUAAAUCCUCAUCUCGAAGUUUCCGCCAUGAAAGCUGCUUCCUUCAACGCUCCCCAUUUUCCGUCCAUCAUCACAAGAAGAACAUCAACACAGCCAUGUCCAACUCGAUUCGCAAGAACCCUUUUUCUUAAACUCCCUCAGAGCUUCCAAAACAAUCCCUUUUUUGGACCGUCGGCUAAUUCCUUUGCUUCUUCUUUUUCCUCCGUUUUUUCUUCUUCCAACGCAUUCAUCGAGUCAACUGCCAAUGGCACGUAUUUGGGUUGGAACAAAGCUCCGGAGAUUGAGAUCGAUGGUGGUGGACAAGCUAAGGCUCUGGGGAACAAAGACAAAAUCAUAACCGUGGUUCUUUUGGGAUGGCUUGGGGCUACAAACAAACACUUAAAUAGAUAUGUGGAAUGGUAUAAUUCCAGGGGAAUCCAUGCAGUUACUUUUCUUGUAGAACUUAAGGAUUUACUAUGCUUGGAUCCGGUUUCAAUGCUUGACCGGCGGAUAGCUGAAUUGGCUAAUGGGUUGGCCACCUGGGGUUCGGAGAAAGAGGACGAUGGUCGCGAAAGGUGCUUCAUUUUCCAUACUUUUAGCAACACUGGCUGGCUCGUAUACGGUUCAGUGAUUGAGCGUUUUCAGAGAAGAGAGGGGUUGAAAGAGAUGAUAAAAGGAGUAAUUUUUGAUUCAGGAUCAGCUGACCCUUUAAAUCCUAAGGUUUGGGCAGCUGGUUUUGCUGUUGCUAUACUGAAGAAACUCAACUCAAAGAAUGGAUCUGAAAACGGAGGGACCGAUUCCACAUUACAGAAAGCGGAACCUCAAAUGGUUGAAGCUGUAGUGCUAGCUUCCCUGGAAAAGUUCUUUAAAUCCGUUCUAAAUAUGCCGGAAGUGGAAAGAAAGUUUAGAGCGGUGGUUGAUGCAGCUUUGGAGGCCCAUCCGCACUGUCCGCAGCUAUAUCUUUAUAGCACAGCUGAUAAGGUCGUUCCAUAUAAGUCAGUUGAGUGUUGUAUCGAGGAGAUGAGCAAGAAAGGGAUAAAGGUAUCGUCCUUCAACUUUGGCACAUCUCCUCAUGUCGACCACUACCGGAAUUUCCCUAACUUGUACUCAUCAGAGCUUCAUACUUUCUUUAAAGAAUGUUUCCCUCUUUCUAAACAAAAAUGAACUCUCCAAGUACUUCAAUCACUUUAUUGUUGUUGUUGUAUGCGGAUAUUCCUUUGGAAAUAAACCUUUUCCUGGGCAUGAAGUUGUACUGUUUAUCAAGCUGAUGCUAAGAGAUCACUGCCGAACACUAAUAAAUUGCCCGUCUUGCAUGCUAAAGCUGCAAAAAGAUCUCUUAUUUUGAACGUA